CCAGAUAACAAAGGAAGGAAGACUGGGCGACAUGACUUUCAGAAUUCUACUCGUUAUAGCUCUUUCAGCUCUCUGUACUAGCCUCAGCGCAGCCGCUCUGUUCGGAUAUGCCCCUGACGAAGCCGUCGGCGACAGUCAGGAUCAGAUACAACACGCACUGGGCAAGAUCCAGAAGCUGGCCAGCAACUUCAAGCGGAUGGCAGGCAACGCCCAGGCCGACGGCAACAAAUUACUCCAGGCUCUCAGAGUCCAGAGCAACGACCCUGAAGCCCUUCUGGCCCUUGUAACGGAGACAAAACUCGCCAUCUCCCAGUCAGCGCCGGCUGGAGUCGACAUCUCGUCCUGCGAAUCUGGGAACGACCAGAAGUACCAGGCCAUGGUCCAGGAGGCCGGACCGGGGAUCGAGGCCUGUCUCCACUCCGCCGCUGCGGUCCUGCAGCCAUACUUUCAGCAUCUGGACGACUUAGUUACCUUUGCUCAAGACGCCGCCGUCGGUGCUAAUGCUAACGUGACCAGCUGCGUGAACAAGAACCAGGGUAACGACGGCGGUCUGACCGACUGCCUGAGUGUCGUGAGGAACCAGGUUUUCGACGGGAGGGACCAGCUGAUGGCGGCCAUAUUGGGUGUGAUGGCUGACUUCAGGAGUGGGACGGGGCCUUUGGUUGCGGACUUCACGAAGUGCACAAAUGACGUGCAGGACAGGGCAAUCGGGGAGUCCGUGGACAUCAUCCAGUCGACCCGGGAGUGCUUCAAGGGUCUGGGAGUAGGCGUCAGCAGCAGAAACUCCACCAGUUCCGUUUAGGCUCAGAAUUGCAACUUGGGCAGUUGCAUAGCUUUGCGUUUGUGAAAUACCGGUACUUUGCGCACAGCGUACAUGCAAAUACGGGUAAAUAAAGAACAUGCUCUGAACACCUUGUA